GCGCAGUGUCUCUCGAAUAAUCUAGAAGGAUGGACGUGCAAUCGUGUUUGCUCGCUGUGCUUGGCUUAGAAGUGAUUGUGCUGCUGCUACUGAAAAAAUGGCCGGGAAAAUCUCAAGUUCUGAUAAAGAAAAAAACUUCGUUUGUUGAAAAGAAAGUUAUCAAUGUUGUGAAUAUACCUGUGGGUAGGAGUUUAGAAAUAAAGAACGAACCAAAUUAUCAACCUAUUACGGAAGGUGGUUCCACCAUGCCAGAAACAAGAAUGAGAAUACGUUUACAUGACGACGCAGAAUCUUUGGACACUUGUGAAAAUGAAAAAUGAGAAAGUUAAUGUUUUAUUGUGUUAAAACAAUUUUAUAUCUUCUUGUUAUGGUAUUAUUUUAUGACAAUAUAGUGUCACGAUAUUCCUAUAGAUUGUAAAAAAUUCAAACUCGAAUGUAAACUGCAAUGAAAUAGGCUUCACUUCAUUCCACCUUACGAAUGGCGGUAGUUAAUUUGCACCAUUUGUGCCGAGUUUGUGUCGUGUACAGUUGACUGAUGAGCAUUGAAAUAUUUAAACAAAUCGCUGCACCUCUGAAACUAUUCCUUCCAUUGCCUUCACCCACGUGCAUCCCCACCUGAUAAUUGAUUCUGCGCUGACCUCUAAACUUGCAUGAGGCCGGACUCAUAUCCCCCUCUCCUUCCACAGUUAAUAUUUACCUUUCCACCGUGUUAUUCAAGCAGUGCCUCUCCAACACGCAAGGAAGAUGGACCUGCAGACUUGUUUGCUUGCUGUGUUUGCCUUAGAAGUGGUUGUGUUGCUUCUACUAGGAAAGUGGUCGGGAAAAACUAAAAUUGUGAAGAAUAACAUUACAUCAUUCAGCAAACAAAAAGCAGAUACUAAACCUAUGUUUAAUUUUACACCUAAAUGUUUAGAAAUAUCCGUAAAAUCGAGUUCUCACCCUACCAACAAUGGCUCUUCAAUGGCAGAAACAAUAAUCAAAAGUAGUUUACCUGAAGAAGAGUCUCUGGAGAACUGUGAAAAUAAUGUGAAUAACAUAGAUACUACAAAUAAUGUUGAAAGUUGAUGUUUUAUUGUGCUAAAAGAAUUUGGUGCUUUCUAAGUGUGACACUAUGUUAUGAAAUUAUAACGGCAAAGUAUUCGCGACCAUAGUGAAUAAUCCAAAUUCUAAUUUCAACUGAGAUGAAAAAUGUUCCACAUCAUUCCACCUUAAAGAUGACGGUUGUUAAUCGCGAGUUGUGCUUAUUGGAUGCCGUGAAAUAUUUUGGUACAAUAUGCAGAUGAACAUUGAAUGGACUCUAUACACAUCGCCUCACCUCUGCGACAAUUCCUUGCUUUGAUUUAACCUAUCUUCUUCCACGCCUAAGUAUUUCGGCUACGUUGACCUCGAAACAUCCUCUACACCGGCCUCGUAUCCCUUCUCCUCCAAAGCCGCUCCUUCCGUGCGACAGUGUUAAUCACGCAGUGCCUCCUGAACACCCAGGAAAGAUGGAUCUGCAGUCGUGGAUUCUCGCCACGCUUGCACUAGAAGCGGCCCUGUUGCUGCUGCUGGAAAAGUGGAUGGGGAAGAAACAAGUGACGGUGGACAACAGAAUCUCCGACGUUACACAGGAAGCCGAUACCUUGCCUGUGAAUCCAGAUACACUUGUUUUGAGAAUGGCCGUAGUUACAAACCCAGGUAAUCAGCCUGGCAAUACAAAACUUGGCUCCUAUGUGGCAACAACGACGCUGACCAGCAGUUUUGACGACCCAGAGUCUCUGUAGGACUGGACAUGUAAUAUUGGCAGGAUUUAUUGUAUGUUGUGACAGCUUGCACGCGGUGCGGGUUCUGGCACUCGGCCAACAGUGAAAGUGCUCGCUCAAAUGUGAGGAGAGGGGAGGGAGGCUUCUCAAAAGGACACAAACCAGUUGCUGGGAGACCGGCGGCCAGGAUGGACCUUCAAACUCUUCUGUUGCUCGUGGUGACUGUGAUAACCGUGCUCUGGUUGUGUCGGGGGCGACGGCGCGGUCCGCAGCAGGAGAGUAGAACUCAUGAUCGUAUGAAAGAAGAGACUAGUAGUCAUCGCGCGUCGCUAACCACGAGAGCGCCUCCAGUCGAAGAUUUUGAAUGUCGGAAAGUCGAAGAAAUUAUUGAAAGGCAGGAAGUGAUGGUAGCGUGUAUGGCGAUCCGCGCCGAUAUAACGCAGGCAAAAAUCGACAACAUCAAUUCUCCGGAAACAGUAUUGAAAAGUUCAAAACAUGACGACCCAGACAGCUUGUAGCGAUCAUAAAUUGUGAAAGGAGAAGAAAGCAUGUGUGAGCGGACUUACCACAUAAGACUCAGAAAUUUCAGCUGUCGAACUGUUUUUUUUCUGGGAGCAAAUGAAGACACUGUAUGUGCCGAUACAGUUUUUUUGACUGAUCCUGCUUCUGCAGAAUACUGAAACUUUUACUUUUAACCAUGAAGAUUCCAGGAAUCCUCAUCACCAGCGAAACAGCAUUAAUGCGGCUAAACUGUGGGAAUAGGGAAGGGAGUGUGGGCGAGGGAAGGGUAGCAUUGAGUGCAGUUCCUGAUGGUCUGUGGACAGUUAUAAGUCGGUCACAGCUUCAGCAGGAAGAUCAAAGUCGAUGUAAUGUGGCGCAGGAGCGACCAAUCGAAAUUUCUAAAACCACAUCAUCUUUGACAAGAUUUCCACGAUUUGAACCUCAAACUAUGAAGGUGAAUGCUGUUACGAGCAACCCAAAAGGACCAAAUGACAAGAGCUUGAAUGAAGUGACGCUUAAGUGAAGAACACUAGAGAUUAUUUUAUCUUUUCUCUGAAUUGCUUCCUCAAGAAGAAAUGGCAUUGUUUAAAAACUGUGAGAUUGUUUUAUUCAUACAUAUCUACGACAAAGAAACUAUGCUAAUGUUCUCAAUCUGAAGUUGCUGGCAAAGUUCUUGUUUUUCAAUAUCUUGUAUUACUGUAUAUUAAUUUCGUUAAAAUUGUUAAAUAUUUUAUGUUAUAUUGUCAUUAUUUUGUCAUCACAUCACUGUCGAAUUUGCUCGUGAGUGGUAUCUCUUGCAUUCAAGUAAAUCAUUGUCAUGUCGUUUUUACUUAUUGAUUUUAGGACAUUAUUUUUGUUGAUUCAUUUAUGUUUUUUUUUUUGAUAAAAACACGAAACAGUUUAAUAUAUUUUCAGUAAUAAUAUUUGUUUCCUUAACAUAAAUGUAAUGUUUUUCACCAAUUAUAAUAUUUAAUAUUUUCAAAUUUGUAAAGAACAUUGUGCUUAAAAAUGAAAGUGUCUUACAAUACACGACAAUUCAAAGAAACUAAAACAGUGUCAAUUAUUAACAAAUUCUUUGAUAAUGACAAAAAAUUAUAUGUGGGAAUUACGGACAUAUAUUUGCAUUAUUUUUAAUUGUUAUAUAAAAAACCUAUUAAAUAUUACACGAAAUCAAUAAAAUCUUCUGUGAAAU